CAGCCCCUUUCCACAUGAGCUCACUGGGAGGCAGCGCUGGAACCGACAGGAGGGUAAGGUGGGGAUGGCUUGUGGGCAGACACGCAGUGGAACUGCCACCUUCUCUUCCUCCUCCUGUAGGACUUCCACCCAUGGACCCACCACCGCCAAGCCAGGACUCCCCCACCCAGCCAGGGGCCCCCUCUCCGCUGGCACCCUACCGCUGGCACACAGGAGGGGCCCGGGAGAAGGGGUCUGCAGGGUCCCGCUGGGGUCUCCUGGCCGGCUGGGGGAGGGCACUGAGCCACCCGGAGCCCCCGGUGAGCAGCCAGCCAGCUCGUCGCUCCCUGUUCCGUCGGGUGCUCUCCGCACCCCCCAAGGUGUCUGGAACCAGUCGCCUGCGGCUCUCCAGGACCCUGUGGGGGAGGCCUAAGAACCCAUCGCCGGGGCCUGAGGCCGAGCCAGAGCCUCCAGAGGCCGAGCUGGAGCCACAGCCAGAGCCACCUGUGUCACAGAUCCCCGAGGCCCCCAGCCCUGACGUGGCCGUCUGGGACAUCGGAGGGUUCACCUUGCUGGAUGGAAGGCUGAUGCUUCUUGGGGGAGAGGACGAGAGUCCCUGGAGGAGGCCCCGGGCUGGAAGCGGAAGCUCUGAAGGCAGUACACAAGCUUUCCUGGGGAAACUGAGGGAACCAGAUCGAACCCUGGGGAAGCCCAGUCUAGAAGCUUCUGGCUCCAACCACGUUCACAAUGUGCGGGGGUUGCUGAAGAGAAUCAAAGAGAAGAAAAAGAGCAAAUUGGAACUGGGAGCCAAUGCUCUCCGGGAUGGACCUCCCAGCACGCUGGGAUCCAAAGAGUCGCUUUCCAUGCUCUCCGAGUUGGACCUGGGAGCCGAGCGGGAUGUGCGGGUGCGGCCGCUGCACCCCAGCCUCCUGGGGGAGCCUUACUGCUUCCAGGUGACGUGGGUGGGCGGGAGCCGCUGCUUCUCCUGCCGAUCCGGCGCGGAGAGAGAUCGAUGGGUAGAGGACCUGCGCCGCCAGUUCCAGCCCAGCCAGGACAACGCGGAGCGGGAGGAGACGUGGCUGAGCGUGUGGGUGCACGAGGCGAAGGGGCUGCCGCGGGCGGCGACGGGGGCCUUGGUGCAGGACCUGGGCACUGGGGAGCUGGAACGCUGUGGAGGGCGUGAGGCGCUGCUGUUCCGGGAAAACACAUUAGCCACCAAGGCCAUUGAUGAGUACAUGAAGCUGGUGGCCCACGACUACCUCCAGGAGACCCUGGGACGAGUCGUGCGAUGUCUCUGUGCCUCCACGGAGGACUGUGAAGUGGACCCCAGCAAAUGCCCAGCCUCAGAGCUACCAGAGCACCAGGCCAGACUCCAAAAGAGCUGUGAGGAGGUCUUUGGAAUCAUCGUCCACUCCUACAACUGGUUCCCAGCAGAGCUGAGCGCUGUGUUCUCAGGCUGGCGAGAGGCAUGCAAAGCACGAGGUUCUGACACGCUGGGCCCCAGACUGGUGUGUGCCUCCCUCUUCCUGCGACUCCUGUGUCCCGCCAUCCUGGCACCCAGCCUCUUCGGCCUGACUGCAGAACAUCCAGCACCUGGCCCGGCCCGAACCCUCACGCUGAUUGCCAAAGUCAUACAGAACCUGGCCAACCGCGCCCCAUUUGGUGAGAAGGAAGCCUACAUGGACUUCAUGAACAGCUUCCUGGAGGACCACGGGCCCGCCAUGCAGCGCUUCCUCGACCAAGUAGCUGUGGUAGAUGUUGACGCGGCACCCAGUGGGUACCAGGCCAGUGGCGAUCUGGCUCUCCAGCUGGCAGUCCUGCACGCCCAGCUCUGUACCAUCUUCGCGGAACUCGACCAGACCACCUGUGACAACCUGGAGCCACUGCCUACCAUCCUGAGAGCCAUCCAGGAAGGCCGGCCCGUGCCUGUGUCUGUGCCCAUGCACCUGCCACCGCCUCAUACCCAGGCCCAGUGCAGCUUCUCCGCAGGGGAGAAGCCCGGCUUCCUGGCGCCCCGAGACCUGCCCAAGCACACCCCGCUCAUCUCCAAGAGCCAGUCACUGCGCAGCUUCCAGGGCGCGGGGAGCCUGGCCCGCCCCCCGCCGCGGCCGUCGGUGCCCUGGCAGCGCCAGCUGGACCAGCCGCGAGAUCGAGACCAGGCGCUGGGCCCGCCCCGACCGGUGGGCAAGCUGGCUGAACUACAGGGCGAGGUGGCCGCGCUGCGUGAGGAACAGAAAGCGCUGUCCCGCCAGGUGGAGUCGCUGAGCUCCGAACUCGGGGCCCUGGCGCAGCAGCAGGAGCAGCUGUGCCGCCAGCUGCAAGACUUGGACUCCCGGCUGCGAGCUGGGACCUCAAAGUUGGAUCUGAAGGACAAUGGUCUUCCAAGCCAUGAAGACCACAGGCCGCCAAGUCUGCACGAUCGCCUGGCCGAGAUGGAGCGGACUCAGGCCCAGCUGCGGGAUGUAAUCCAGAACCUGCAGCUUGUCUGGAGGACAGCAGGUUUCCAGGGCCAGCCUCUGCCCCUCCAGGCUCCCUGCGUGAAUGGGGACUCCACCUGAGCUGUCCGUCCCACCCCACGGGGCCUGGGAGCCACCACCUUUGGGAGGGGGAGGCGAUGAUCCAUGAAGGUCUUGAGCUGCCCAAGUCAUGUAAGAUGGCCUGAACGUGAGGAAGGAGAGGUGCGGGCCGCCGGGGCUGCCCGGUAAACAUAAAACUGAGCUCCUGGAGAAGGGGGCAUGCCAUAGAUGUUCACAUCAACUGUGUGGCCUUGGGGCCAUCUCCUGAGGGCCUCCAUUUGGGCAUCUGUGAGAAUGUAUGUAUAUGUAUAUAUAUUCACACAGGCACGGGAGAACCCUUGGACUCAGGUAUUCAAUAAAAGCCAUCGCUCACCAA